AUGGUGGAACACGGCGGCUUGGAUAUCGUGUGCUUGAACACGAAGUGCCGCCACGGUUCCUCUUCCUCUUCCACUCCAGAGAAGGGAAAGGGAAGAUUUAGCAGGCUGAAACUCAAACUGACAGAACACUACCCGAAGAAAAACGCAGAGAUUCUCAGUGCCCAGUAUGGGACCAAUGUGCUGCUGUUUGGUAUGGCGCUGAUGCUGGCCGCCUCGUACCAAAGCCAUUCUGUCAAGGAAGAGCACCUCUUUUCAUUUAUCACGACUGUGAUGCUUCUGCAGCUCUUGUGGAUGCUCUGGUACAUAGUGAGAAAGGACAGACAGAAAACCAGUGAGUGGGAAAAGGAUGCGCACGCAGGGACACGGUGGCUAAGAGGUGGGCUAACAAUUUUAGCGGUGCUUUCCUUGAUUAUGGAUACGUUUCGUAUCGGUCAAUACGUGAGUUACAAAGAUUGCGUGUCUGCAGCUCUGGUUGUCUAUCCCGUCGUUCACACGCUUCACACAAUAUCGCAGGUACAUUUCCUUUGGUUUCAUAUCAAAGACGUGAUCAAGACUUUUGAGACGUUUGAAAGGUUUGGAGUGAUGCAUGCCGUCUUUACCAACCUGCUUCUGUGGUGCAAUGGAGUGAUGUCUGAAUCCAAACAUUUCCUGAGCUCCCACAAUAGAAGGCUGUCUGCUCUGGGCUUUGUGAACCAUACAGAAGAAUGGGAGGCAAAAAAUUGCAACUGUUCCAGCACUGCCUGCACCGUGUUCUCCAACAGCCUCUACUACCUGUACCCCUUCAACAUCGAGUACCACAUCCUGGUCUCCGCCAUGCUCUUUGUCAUGUGGAAGAACAUCGGCCGCACCAUUGACCACCAGCACGACAAGAAGAGGCCGAUCACCAGGCCAGCAGUGUUGGUGGUGGGCCCCAUCCUGGGCCUGGUUGCCCUGGCCGGCACCAUCAGUGUCCUGGUAAUCUACAUCAUCGACUUUGAGGAAGUGGUGGAGUUCCAGGAGUCUGAUAACAUCAUGUUCUUAUCCCAUGGGAUCAUCAUGCUGGUGUGCAUGUGCGGUGCCAGCACGGUGGGCCUGCUCAUCUACAGGGCCGACAACCUGCCGCUGGACUCCUCCAAGAUCCCCUCCCGCCAGCUGGACACGGUGCUGCUCUUCGGCUCCUCCGUGGGCUCCUGGCUCAUGGCCUGGUGCAGCAUUGUGGCAUCAGCGGCCAACAGAACCAACUGGAUAAGCCUUGCGUAUUCCAUGCUGCUGGUUCUGGAGAAGUACGUCCAGAACGUCUUCAUCAUCGAGUCGCUGUACCGCAAGGAGGACGUGGCUGAGGAGCCGGAGGUGGCACCCCCUGCAGCUACAGAGAUCUUCUCCGUGACCUUGUCCCACGUCCCAGCAUGCAACGGCAUCAUCAACCGCGCUUACGAAAACCAGGACAUCACGUGUGUUACCACGGAGAUUGAAGAGGAGGAGGACGGAGGGGUGUAUGACUGCCCGCCACCACCCCCUGAAGAGCCUGUCUCUGUGGCUCCCAGUAGGCCAGAGACACUGAGCAGGAAGAGACAGCUUCUGAAGAACAUCACGCUCUUCCUGUUCCUCUGCAACAUUUCGCUGUGGUUGUUGCCAGCAUUUGGCUGUCGACCCCAGUACGAGAGCAUUCCGGAACAGGAGACAUUUGGCUACAUUAUUUGGACCAUGGUGCUGAACUUUGCCAUGCCCCUGACCCUAUUCUACCGCAUGCACUCGGUGGCGUCUCUCUUUGAAGUGUUCCAGAAAGUCUGA